AUGACCUCCGGGUUCCAACCAUCGUCAUUUGAGCGUCUUCUUGAGGAGGCAAGAUAUAGUGAUCUGGAAGAGUGGCAGAAGUUUGUGGUGUUACUACACGACGAAGUCAAAAUCAAAAGUGACCUAGUUUAUUGCAAACACACGGGGGAACUUAUCGGUUUCGCAAAUUUAGGAGAUGUUAACAAUGCCUUGGUUGAUUUCGAGAAGCAGUGCCAGAUUGAGGUUUCCAACUGCACACCUGAUAUUGCAACAUACAUGCUUUCCUUCAUGGUCAGGGGAGUUUCCAUCAGUUUAGAGUACCCAUUGGCACAUUUUCCUUGCAGCAGUUGCAUAUCAGCUGAUCAAAUUUACCCGCUUUUUUGGGAUGGAGUAAGACACUUGGAAACACUUGGAUUAAAGGUAUCUCUUUUGACUUUUGAGAUGUAGCAAAUACCACAUAUAGUGACUAUAUGAUUAGAUUAUUUAGAUUUACUAUUUUGCACGGUCGUAUUUUGUACGAGCUUUUCCAGCUCCUGUCGUGUUAAGAUAAUUUAUUUAAUCGUAUCGUAUCUGAUCGUGUUGUAUCGUAUCUUAAGGUAAUAGCAAGUACAAGUGAUGGUGCGUUGACGAACAGAAAAUUUGUGAAGAUCCACAGGUCACCCAAAUCCCCACCCAAAACCUCAAUGAAAUCCCCACCCAAAUCCUCAGAGGAAACGGUUGUGUACAAGACAAAGAAUCUUUACAGUGCGGAUGAAAGGGAUCUAUUUUUUGUAGCAGAUGCCCCUUACCUAAUCAAAACUGUGAGAAAUAAUUGGGAGAAUAGUGGGUGGAAUAAAAAGACACGUCUAUUGUUGGGUAAGUAUAAAAUAUAAAAUGCAUGAGAGCUUAUCACUUUGGUAAAAAAAUUCCAUUGAAAAAACAACAUGCCACUGCGAAUGCGCUCUUAAAAAUACAGUAAUAAAACGAGUUAGUAUGUUAAUAUAUAGACAAGCCAGAAGACAUGUUUCAGGUAUUCCGCAUAAUGAUUAUAAUUAUUUCCAUAUAAUUUUUAGAACAGUGGAUAUGAUAUAUCUUGGAUACACCUUGAGAAUCUUUACAAAGAUGAUUUGAAUCGUCAAGGACUGAAAUUAAUACCAAAGCUUAAGAACGAUCAUAUAUAUUUGACACCUUAUUCACGGAUGAAAGUAUAUCUUGCUGCUCAGGUUUGUGUGUUAUUUUGAUGUUGUUGAUUUUUCCAAUGUUAUGCUUUUGAUGUUACGCUGAGUGUGCAUCCACACCGGGCAAGCUGAAAAGUUUGCCUAUAACCACGGUGGGAAUUGAACCCGCCACGUUUGGGAUACUAGUAUACUAAAUGUUAAAUGUCCAAUGGUCCAAUGUAGUAAAUGUUUGCAAAAUUUUUAAUCUUAGGUAUUGAGCUCCUCUGUCGCGAAUGCACUGGAUAUGUUUUACAGUGAACGAGUUAAAGGAACAGUUAAGUUCGUGCGAAUGUUUGACACGUUCCUUGACUGCUUAAACACGCGAUCAUUGACAGAAGCAACACGAAGGAAGAAAUCUGGAAUCGCUCCAUACAGAUCACCAGAAGAUCCUCGUUUGACGGUAAAAACAUACUGUAAACUAGUAAUCUAAUAAUCUUCAAAUGUUCGUAUACUUAACACAUGCUUUAAGAAAACAAACCACGAACAUAACUCAGUGAUUUUUCUACAUAUUAAUAGUGGUUGAAAGACGAGUUUCUUGGUUAUCUUGACACCUGGUCUAAUUCAGUAGAUGCUUUGUCGGAAAUUCCUCCAAAGCAGAAGCUGAAAAUGAAACUAAGCCAACAAACAACUGAAGGGUUAAAAAUGACAGGUAGAAAUUUCUCUUACCCUGGUUCCAGAGGCUUUUUGCAAGGCGAAAAAAACAAUAGGCGAGAAAGAAGAGCCUCUGGUCACAUCGGUUGCAAAUCCCACUUCCACACUUGAUUAGGUUCAGAAUUUGAAUCUCGCAUGUAAUUGGCCAUUUUAAAAAUAUGUCAAACCGGUUUGGGAAAUAAACAUUACUGUGAGCUAAUUAUAGCUAUUUAUACCCAAACCGGUUUGACAUAAUUUGUACAAAUGGCCAAUCACAUGCGAAAUUCAAAUUCUGAACCUAAUCAAGUGUGGAAGUGGGAUUUGCAACCGAUGUGACCAGAGGCUCUUCCUUCUCGCCACUCGUUUCUUUCGCCUCGCAAAGAGCCUUUGGAACCAGAGUACAACUCUCUUUCAUUUUAAAAUAAUGAUGUAAAACAAUACCAUGCAUAAUUUCUUUUUGCAGUUUAUUCAUUUGUGGAAAUAGUGAAGUACCUGCUUAGCUAUCCUGGGAUUAGAUUCAUUCUCAGCGAACGGUUUAACCAGGACCCGAUUGAAUCUCACUUCGGAAAACACAGGCAAAUGAAAGGAGGCAAUGAUAACCCGACAGUGGCACAGUUUAACCACAAUGAAAGUGCACUGCGUCUUCUCGGAUCACAAGCACUUGCUCCUGUUACAGGGAACACAAAACAUGGUGUUUGUAUCCGAGAGGUCAUUGAAGACAAGCCACUGCCGAAAAGAAAAAGGAAAUAA